AUGCUGCCCGCCCCACUUCCAAACAACCGGUCGGGCCUCAUCCGCGGCCGACGAUGGGUGCUUCUGUUCCUGCGCAUGGUGCCCUACGUCAUGCUGCUGUCCACGGUGGCCACGGUCAUCUGGACAGUGCAGGUGCUUUGGGCGACGGGCGCGACUUGGCUCUUCCCCUUUUACUUCCCGAUCGUUGUCCAGGUGUACAUGAACUGGAUGGCCGUGCGAAUGUCGCGCGACCGCUUUGACGUGCGCGCGGCCACCAAGACGGUGGUGCAGAACGGCACCGUCUUGCAGCGCGCCUACUACUGUCCGCGGUGCCGCGUGGAUACGGCCUACGAGUGCAGACACUGUCCGCUGUGCGAAACGUGUGUGGCCCAGCGCGGCCACCACUGCUUCCUCAUGGGCACGUGCAUCACCAGGCACUCGAUGAAGCACUUCAUGGCCGUCUGCGUGUACGGCUCGGCCGCCUGCUUCUUCAGCGGCCUCACCUUCCUCUCCGACUGCAAGAUGCCCAAGGCCGCCGUGUACCUGGCACCAGUGGCCCUCGGCUACUACUUGUCCGGCCUCAUCAGUUUCUCCAAACUAGUCUACUCGUUUGUGAUCAACCUGGAACUGAGCAGCGGCGUCCUCAUCGUCGGCUUCAUGAUCCACCACUUGUUCCUGGCGGCCGUCGGCAGACUUCCCUACUGCGACCAGGAGGAUGUCGAGCGCGGCUCCCUGCGCAACUUGGUCCACUUGUUCGACGGUCCCAUUGGAUUCCUCAACCUCGUCGUGCCUUUCUCGGCGCUCGGACACAAGAAGGCCAAAUCGCAGAGCUACAGCAAAAGUGUCUGA